GUGUUGUUGAGUUCAAAGGCGCCGGGAAAGGGGAGUUUCACACCGAACUGGCGGAGAAGUGCGCAUACUGUGGAGGUUUCAUGUGGACAUUUCUGAGGGAGCCGGGAAAGGAACACAGUGAAUCGCCGAAUUCCUUCUAUUUCUAUUCUUCACCUGGACGAUAUUAUUGGGAAUUAAACUCUUCAACUGCGGGAUGAUUUACUGCGGCGUUAAAUCCAAGCGCGAGUCAAUCUCGGUGAUGUGACGUGGAGCGCAACUUUCUUUUUUUCCCCUUUUACUUUUUUUUUUUUUUCGUAAAGCAAGACAUUCUUCACUCUGCUGUCUGGAACAAUGACAGGUUUGAAUUUGUUUCUGUCAGAAAUGAUGAAGAGCACAAACAACUACGAGAUUCUAUUACUUGUGGUGCAUUUUUGGGUGUAGUCGCCACUUUUUUUUCUCACUCACAAGAAACAUUGCCAAUCCUUGUAAUUUUUCCAAGUUGAUGUCCGUAGUGGUAUGCAGUGAGACACUGAUGCGCAUCUUCAUCUGGAAUUAAUCAAUUCCUAAAUUCUACUUCAAAUGCUCUAAAAGGCGCUCUCAAUUUGUUUCUUCCACUGGGAGAGUUUUUAGCAACAUCUCUGCAGAAUGUGGCGGCUUUUAACUCUCACUUUGGCGCUUAUGUGUCUCCUGAUAUGGGCAAGCGAAGCCGACAGGUACAGCCAUCGCAUUCGGGCGCAGUUGCGCAGGCCACCCAGGCUGGGACGACCGAAGGUGGGCACAGAAGGCAGGGGGCGCCAAUUUACGCGUCUGCGCCCCGGAUUCAGUUCUGCCAUAUCCGUGCAUAGCUACACGAAGGGUGAAGGCAUCCAGGCGGAUGAGGGAACACCAACGAUUGGGGGGUCGCAAGGCAGAAGAAUGCUGGGCGCAAGAAGAAGGGUCAAGGUGCGUCCCCAGGGGGGGAUGCUGCAAGACGAGGGCGCCCCCCGAGUGAGGGCCAGGGUGGCGCGGAUGCCCAGCAGCGCCGGUUCGCCCAACCUGCUGGCCAGUUUUGCAGGCAAAAACCGAGUCCUGGUGAUCUCUGCACCUCAUGAUUCCGACGGCUAUUUCCGGCUGAUGAUGUCCUUGCUGAAAUCUGAUGUGUACUGCGAGCUGGCGGAAAGGCACGUGCAGCAGAUCAUCAUAUUCCACCAAGAGGGCGAGAUGGGUGGCAAGGUGCGGAGGAUCACCACUGAGGGCAAAGUCAUGGAAGAGCCACUGGACACAGGCCUCAUUCCGAGACUUAUGAGCUUCCUUAAACUGGAAAAAGGUAAGUUUGGAAUGGUGCUGCUGAAAAAGACCCUCCAGGUGGAGGAGAGGUACCCGUACCCCGUGAGGCUGGAGGCCAUGUAUGAGGUCAUCGACAAGUCACCCAUGAGGAGACUGGAGAAGAUUCGCCAAAAAGGUUUUGUCCAGAAGUGUAAAGGAGCUGGCGUUGAGGGUCAAGUGGAGGAGGGCACACUCACGGCGAUUACACCUGUAGGAAGAAAACCAGAAAGGAAAAUCAUGAGAAAGCCCACAACAACUACAACUACGACUACUACCCGGCCAACAACAACCCGACCAACAACUACAACCACCACAACUAAAGCCACAACCACCACAGCCACAACCACCACACGAAGAACCACCACCAAAAGAACCACCACCACCACCCUAACACCAACCAAAGCCCAUACCCAGACCGUGCUGCUCCCCGCCCCCAGAACCACAGAGGACCCAUAUUACUACAACCAAAGGGAGAAGGAGAACUACCCAGCCAAAACUACGCCGUCUGGAGACAAUCUCACAGACAAAGAAAACAAAGAGCCACACAUCCACAAGCUGGUACCCGCCACAAGGAAACCAUCCAAGAUCAAACCCAACAGGAAGAAGAACGGAGAGAAGAUGCUAACAAACGAGUAUGAGGACAAAUACGAAGCUGGUAAGCCAACCAUCGUGUAUCCCGAGGAGGUUGACCCCUUCGCUGACGUCAGUCCCACCAGGAAGGUGAAGGCCAAGCAUGAAAAGAAGAAGAAGAACGAAAAAGCAGGCAAGAAGGCAGAGAGGAGGGGAGGAAAGGCCGGCAAAGAAGGCAAGAGCGGUGGGAAGAAGAACGGAAAGAAGUUAUCAAAGUACCCAGAGAAGGAGGACUACCCAAAGCCUACCAAGAAGCCCACACCGCCUCCCAAGGGAUCCCUGGCCUCCUUUUUGGACUACUUUGAGAACCGGAGGCGACUACUGCUGGUGACAUCACCCAGCGAGGAGAACAAGAUGUAUGCCCAGCAAAGGGACGAGUAUUUGGAGUCCGUGUGUGAAAUGGCCAUCCGGAAAGUCUCCAUCAUCACCAUCUUUGGCUCACUCGUUAACUCCACUAUGAAAAUCGACCAUUACCAGUUGGAGAACGACAAGCCGAUGAAGGGACUCCGUCAAGAAGACUUAGUAAACCAGGAUCUGAUCACUGAGUUGAGGAAGGAGUUCAGCAUGAUUUACGAUGACUUCCACAUGGUCCUCACUGACACAGACAUGAGAGUCCAGCAAUCCUACGAGGUUCCCAUUGCCAUGAAGGCCGUGUUCAACUACAUCGACACAUUCUCCUCCCGCAUCCGCGAGAUGGAGCAGCAGAAGCGAGAUGGCGUCGUUUGCAAGAAAGAGGACAAGCCCAGAUCGUUGGAGAACUUCCUCUCAAGGUUCCGCUGGAGGCGACGUCUCUUCAUCAUCUCCAGCCCUAACGAUGAGGAGUGGGCCUAUCAGCAGCAGCUUUACGGCCUUGGGAGUCAGGCCUGCAACCUGGGUUUACGGCACAUUUCCAUUCUAAAGCUGGUUGGGACUGAGCUGUCGGACAUGGGUGGAGUUUUGGAACUUUAUCCUUUUAAUGGGAGCGCUACAGUAGAGCGCGAAGGCCUGUCGGCCACCUUGGUCAAGGACAUGAGGAAUUACUUCCAGAUCAGCCCGGAAUACUUUUCUAUGCUGCUGGUGGGUAAGGACGGCAACGUCAAGUCCUGGUACCCCUCGCCUAUGUGGUCCAUGGCGAUCAUCUACGACCUGGUGGACUCCAUGCAGCUGCGCCGGCAGGAAAUGGCCAUCCAGCAAUCGCUGGGAAUGCGUUGCCCCGAGGAUGAGUACGGCGGAUAUGGCUACCACCAGCACGGCUAUCAGGACGGUUAUCAUCAGGGCUACGGUUACUAGCGGGUUUCUUGAUGACUGGGUGGAUGCUAGCCACGCACAAGCUUCUGUUUGACGUUAGCAGCCCUCUAAUUUUCGCCUCCCCAACUGAGCAGAUGAGCUCAUAGGGUAAUUUUAUAGACCUAAGUGGAGGCUGUGAACCUCGCCACAUUCUCCAUAUAUAGCCCCCAGCAUGGCUCAAUUUGCAGGACGCUCUAUCUAAUCGCAGCCAAUAAAAGCAUAGAAGAGCCCAACGGGAACUGUAUUGUAGACUUAUUUACGUAUGAAAUCCUGUCACACAUGGAUUUAUUGAACUUUUGUUGCAUUUGUGGUUGUUGCAGUUUUUCCGGCUGCAGCAGGAUUGCUUUUUGGGGGGUGCGUUUUAUUAUUUAAACUCUAUUGUGCCUUACAAUAAAUUCUUUUUUCCUG